AUGGUGGCGGUGGACAAGGCGGAGACGGAUUUUGAGGAGCACGUCGCUCAGACGCAGGCCGAUACUGAGAAGGCUCAGGAGGUGGCGAAGGAACAGGCCGCCAAGGACGAAGCUGCCCGGCGGCAGCAGCAGGCCUUGUUGGACUCCCAGGAGGAGGAUCUCACUGCCCGCGAACAGGCGCUUGCCGCCAUGCUUCGCGGCAAGGACGAGGAAACCGGGAAGAUCGUCACACAGCGGACCCAGGAGCUGGAGCAGAAGCACAAGGACGCACUUGAUGCUAUGGCCCUGGACCAUGCUAGCAAGGUGGAGAAGCUGGAGCGGGAUGGGCUGAAAAAGGAGAUCUUGGAGCUGACGGAGGAGAGGGACACGGGCAACCGCACUCUGGCGGAUUCGCAGGUCGUCAUCUCCGACAAGGCCAAGCUGCUCUUCGAGGCCAACGACUCCAUCAACGAUCAGAAGCUGAAAUUGGACGGCUUGGAGGGGACGCUUUCGGAGGCCGGGGCCCAUGAGGAGACCCUGAACAAGGCCCUGGAGGACGAGAGGCAGCUGAAGAAGGAUGACGCCGCUGCCCACAAGGACUAUGUGGCCAGCGUAAAUCUCUAG